AUGGAAGAAAGGGAGCAAACGGAAAACCAGUUCUUCCAGCUGAUUGGCACCGCUCAAGAGUUUUUAGAUGCGUUUAACGAUAGCAAAACAAAACAAGGAGACGAGUCUUCAUGUCGUGGCAGUUCCACAUCAGUUACAAAUCACGUUAAACUGCCACCCCUGAAAAUUCCUCCUUUUAGCGGUGAUACAAAUAAAUGGCUUCAGUUCAGAGACAUCGGUUCCGAACCGCAUCAAACACAAUCAUCAUCAUCAUCAUCGCGACAAGAGAUACAAAAUAACGUAGAAUCGUCUGCGUCUACAUCCUUACCUACCAAUUCAACUUCUAACCAUGAAGUACCUACCAAUGCUACUGAUAACGCAUCUUCUAGCCCGCGUCCGGUAACUACACUGUCUGCUGGCUCCUCAGGCUUCGGUCUUCAUUCAACAGCUGUAGUCGAGGUGUCAAACAAUGGCAACAUAAUAAAAUUGCGCGCUCUUCUAGAUAAUGGUUCGCAAACUUCUUUCAUAACGGAGGCGGCUCGAGCUAAGAUAGGAUGCCCUACAAUUAAAAAAUUCAAGUGCGUGUCUGGUCUUCAAAAUGCCAUCGUAGGCACUGCCGAACACUGCAACGUACAAAUAAGGUCUACUUAUAACUCAUUCACUACAAAUGUUAAAUGCUACGUCCUACCAGUCAUAACUGACGUUGUUCCUCAACUUGAGAUACGAGUUGACGAACUAGCCAUCCCCGGCCACAUACAAUUAGCUGAUCCAGACUUCUAUCGCCCUGGAGACAUCGAUAUUCUUCUAAGUUUGGAAGUCUUCUGGGACGUUCUGGGUACUUCUCAAAUAAAACUCGGACCAAAUAAACCAGUCCUCCACGAAACUGAGUUUGGAUGGAUCCUCGGUGGCCGCAAUACGGGGAAUGGUACAAAGCGUCCUAGCAAACCUUAUUGCCAUUUCAGUCAAGAUAUACAACAGCAACUUGUAAAGUUCUGGGAAAUAGAAGAAGUUCCUAAAACCCAACCUACGUCAAAUAGCGACGAAUACUGUGAAACCCUUUUUCAAGAAACAACGCAGCGUGAAGAGAAUGGUAGAUUUUGUGUUCAAAUACCUCUGUGCGAUUCACCAGAUGUCUUAGGCGACUCAUUUAAAAUAGCCGAACGGCGACUACAUCAAAUGGAACGUAAAAUGAAACAAAAACCUGAAUUUAAAAAUGAAUAUUGUAAAUUUAUGCAAGAGUACGAGCGCCUAGGACAUAUGAGUGAAGUACCUAAGCCCGAGCGAGGAUGCUACCUACCUCAUCACGCUGUGAUACGUGAAUCUAGCGAAACUACGCGCUUGCGCGUGGUCUACGACGCGUCAGCAAAAACGUCAUCAGGCGUAUCAUUUAAUGACAUUCAACAUGUCGGACCUGUCGUCCAGGACGACCUCUUCUCCAUAUUGUUGCGUUUCAGGCAACACAAAUAUGUAGUGACAGCCGAUGUGGAGAAGAUGUAUCGUCAAAUUUUAGUAAAGCCCGAACAAUGUCAUCUACAAAUGAUUUUAUGGCGUGAGCAAUCUGAUCAACCAAUUAAAAUAUAUCAACUCAAUACAAUUACAUAUGGUACAUCAUCUGCGCCAUUCCUAAGUACACGGUGUCUAGUUCAGCUCGCCAAUGAGUGCAGUGAUGUAAGAGUUGCUAAUGUAAUAAAGCACGACUUCUAUGUAGAUGACGUCAUUACAGGGAGCAGUUCAAAGGAGGACUUGUGCUACAUAAUAAAUUCAAUAACGGAAGUUCUUCAUUCAGCGCACUUGCCAUUGCGUAAAUUCCGUUCUAACAUAGGUUCCGUCCUUCAAGACAAUUCUAAUGCGUUGAUACCUAAAGACCUAGAUUUCAGUUCACAAUCAAGUGCUUUAGGACUUAAAUGGGAUCCAAGCACUGAUACAUUCAACUUUCCUGUCGAUAUUAAACAUUCGUCAGUAGCUACCAAGCGAUCGAUCUUAUCGAAUUCUGCUAGAUUGUUCGAUCCUCUAGGGUUGUUAAGCUUAUGUACAAUUGUGCCAAAAAUAAUUCUUAAAAAUGUAUGGCUCACUAAGUUAGACUGGGAUGAUCCUAUUCCCACAGAUUUAUCAAAAUCGUGGUUCAAUUUUGUGCUAGGCCUUAAGAGCCUAACCAACUUUCAAAUACCUAGAUUUGCUCUCGUUGACGAUCCCGAUGCGAUCGUUGAAUUGCAUACAUUUUGCGAUGCAUCACAAGAUGCGUACGCAGCAUGCGUCUACUUGCGCUCGAUUAGUAGCUCAGGUAGCAUAUCAGUAAAUUUAUUGUGCGCUAAAACAAAAGUCAGUCCCGUGAAAGCUCAGACAAUACCGCGUCUUGAAUUAUGCGGAGCUUUAUUAGCUGCACGAUUAAGCUCGAAAGUAAUCGAAGCUUUACGACUUAUAGUCACCAACAUCUAUCAUUGGACAGACUCAUCCGUAACUCUAGGAUGGAUCUGUUCACCCUCGCAGAAUCUUAAAACUUUUGUAUCAAACCGUGUCGCAGAGAUUCAACAGCUUACAGCAAAUGGAUCCUGGAGACACGUCCCAGGUGUUCAAAACCCUGCGGACUUAGCAUCACGUGGUGUUGAGGCAAUUCUUAAUUCCAGGCCUAUAACUCCCCUAUCAGCCGAUCCUACAGAUCUUUACCCUUUGUGUCCCGGGCACUUCCUGAUCGGCAAACCGCUCACUUCAUUGCCAUCGCCCACACUUACCGAAAUCAACCCAAAUCGUCUUAGAAAAUAUGAGCACAUUGAGCAGAUCCGACAACAGUUUUGGGAGAGAUGGCGCACUGAAUAUUUGAACGAGCUACAGCAACGAUCAAAGUGGCGCAUCGACCAAGGAAAACUCGCUGAAGGCGAUAUGGUGGUCCUCAAGGAGGCUAACUUGCCACCACUCAAAUGGCGCAUGGGCCGCAUUCAUCAACUGUACCCAGGAGCCGAUGGGAUAGCACGUGUUGCAGACGUGAACACGUCCAAGGGUAUCAUCCGCCGCGCCGUCACAAAUCUCUGCCCGCUACCUAACGAUGAGCGCGAAGAAGCUACUCGAAAACCCACAGUUUCCGAGGGGGGGAAGAUGUCUACACUCACCCUUACCUAG